ACUCGCUUAAUAUAUAUCCAACAACCAGCAGUGCAACAAGCAAGAUUUACCUGCCCGUGAGUGUGCCUUUCAAUAAUAUAAUGUCUUAUUUUAUUAUUAUGUUUUUGCAGUGAUAGUAGUCUGUAAUAAAUCUCUCCUUUCAAUAUAUAUAAUUCACAUGCCAGAUCGAUCAUAUCGUCAACUGGUCCGGCAGUUCGCGACACCAUGAGCUCCACGGAGUGCGGCGGCGGCGGCGGCGGCGCCAAGACGUCGUGGCCUGAGGUGGUCGGGCUGAGCGUGGAGGACGCCAAGAAGGUGAUCCUCAAGGACAAGCCGGACGCCGACAUCGUGGUGCUGCCCGUCGGCUCCGUGGUGACCGCGGAUUAUCGCCCUAACCGUGUCCGCAUCUUCGUCGACAUCGUCGCCCAGACGCCCCACAUCGGCUGAUAAUAUAUAAGCUAGCCGCUAUUUCCUUUCCUUGCCCCAGAACUUGAAAUAAAUAUAUAUACGAUGAAAUAACGCGGGCAUGCCGAAUAAUGGAUGUGUGAAUUCUCACUAAUUAAGUAAUGCAUAAAUAAACGUAUUCAAAUGUC